AUGCACCCUCGAGGCAAAGUUCAUGCGAUCGGAUGCUACUUCGGGGCGGGCAAGGCAUUGAAAGGGUCCAUUUCACCUGUCUUCCCGAGCCCAUCUGCUUCAGACAGAGUCCAAUCUCUUCCCGUCCACUAUUUGCACGGCAUAGGCAGAUUCGCCCACUCUCUCGAUUCUGUAUCUCAGCCGGUUUUGCGGUUACGCAAUCAGCACAACGCCUCGAAUGACUUGCCUUUUGGCAUCAAUCAAACCGUCACUCGGUCAAAUCAUCAUAAGGCAAUAUUUACCUUGGCCUUUCUGCCAGGACAGCAUAGCAUGCGCCAAACGCUCAGAUAUGCAGGAGAGUAUGAACACGCAAACAAUAAUAUACAUGCUCUUAAACGUGCGUACAAGAAGCCGAGAUGCAGAGGAUGA